GGAAACCAAGGAGAGCGCGUGCAAGAGAGAGGGAGUGCAACAGCAUGGGACUCAGCUGCUUCAAAUCCUGGAAACAUGACAGAGCAGGCUUCAAAGGGAACAGAGACGUGUUGGCCAGUCCAGGCUCGUAUUUCUUCCUGUCCAACAGCGCCGGCCAGGGGGACGAAUGGCUGAAAAGCCUCAACAAGGGAGUCUGGAUCCCUUUCACAGGUGUUUUUGGUCAGCGUCUGGAGGAGACAGUGCUGUAUGAGCGGCGUUACGGGGUUUGCUCGGUUCCCCUGGUGGUGGAGCAAUGCGUGACCUUCAUACGCGAGCGAGGUCUACAAGAGGUGGGCUUGUUUCGCCAGCCGGGACGGGCCAGUCUGGUGAGGGAGCUGCAGGAGGCGUUUGAUGGCGGGGAGAGGCCCUCAUUUGACAGUAACACCGACGUCCACACGGUGGCAUCACUGCUGAAACUCUACCUGCGACAGCUUCCUGAGCCUUUGGUUCCUUACAGCCACUACCAGGACUUCCUGCUUUGCGGCACAAAUAUUUCUAAUGACCGCGUAGAGGGUUUAGAGGAGUUAAGAAAUCUUCUUCAGGAGUUGCCAGUGGCCAAUUUUAAUCUUUUGAAGUUCAUCUGCCAGUUUCUUAAUGAAGUCCAGAGUCAUUCAAAAGGUAACAAGAUGAGCUGUCAGAACUUGGCCACAGUGUUUGGACCAAACAUUCUACGAGCCAAGGCUGAGGACCCCCAAAGCAUCAUGGGAGGUAGAUGCUGGAUCUCAAUUGGUGUGCUUGUGGAGCAGAAUGUCAAAAAUAUCCAAAAAUGGUUUCCAGGUGCAGCACUGGUCCAGAUGCUGAUGUUGGAGCUGAUCCGAGAAAAUGAGUCUCUGUUCUCAAGGGUCUCUGCGCCAGUUCCUGCACAUCCUGUUGGAGGCUUUUACGCAUCACCAAGUACUCUGAGACGACCUCAUUUACACCAGCCGCCCUGCCUCCGUCAGAUGUCACUGCCGCUAAUUGCAGAGAGAUGCCAGGAGUCAGGACAGAAUACUGUGGAUGGACACAAUACCAGUUGUAUCUCCUCUGUGACUACUGCCACAUCGGACGCAUCCUCAGGCCACAAGAGAUUCCUGGGCCAUCGUUAUACCUCCUCCCAUCCAGAGAACUGCUUCUACCCUGUACCUUCCUCAAGUCAGACCUCGCAGCCUCAACUCGACGGUAAUAGUAUUGAUUAUCACCAGCACCUCUCUAGUUGUGGAUCCUCUCCAGCUAAUGCCCAAAACAGGCAGCAUAGAUCAAUCCAUAUGGGCUGGAUCGAGGCAUGGUCUGGUCUGGGAGACACAGUGAGUCAUCUAUGGAGUUCUGGUGCCACACAGAGCACAGGGGAAGGGCUUGAAAUUCCAGAAGUAGCCAGCGGGGGCAGCAGUGAUGCGCAAGAAGACAGCACCCCAUCUGUUUACGACAAUCUGAACAGAGUGUCUUCAAGUCAGACGAUGGCGGACGUCGCUUGUGAACAGUUACAGAACAACGGUCAGGGAGAAUCCAACGAAGAACCAGAGGACGCAUGGCAGACGGUGGACGAAUCAUCAUCGUGGUCUUCCUGUGAGAUUUUACCAUUGGACAAGAGCAGUGAUCCCGAAGUUAGUCCUGACAUGACAUCAAAGAGGCCACCCUCAAGUCCCGCAGAGGAAAACUGCCAAGAACAGCUUGAUAGCGACAACAGAAGCGAGAGUGACACAGGACACCACUUAAACUCCCCAACAUCCGUUUCUAUCCUAAGCCACAUCAGCACUGGAAGCUCUGAGGUGUUCCUUCCCUCAGGUCCUCCUCCAGACCUUCCAGGGAGUGAGCCUCAGUUGCAGUCCAGCAACGCUCAAUCACUCCUGGCUGAGCUUCGACAGCAAAUGGCCCAGCAAAAGACCGAUUAUCAGGACAGGAUAAAGAGGUUGGAGCUCUGCAACGACACCCUCCAGCGGCAAGUACUGGUACUGCGGGACAGUUUGGAGCAGCAGAAGCGAAGCCAGAGCGUGGCCGAGGUCAAGAUCCGCAAAAUGGAGCAGGCCAAGGCGGCUGCGGAUCACCGUAACUCGACGCUGCAGACGGAGAUGGAGCUGUUCUUCCAGAUGAGUGGGAAGAUGAGAACACGGGAGGAAAGGCAUGAUGAUGGUGGGGGAGAAAGGAGAAAACGCACCUUAAAGAGCCUGUGAAGGUGAAGGGAAAGAUGAAAGGAUUAGUGAAUGCUGGGGUUGUUAUUCUUUCUGUAUAUUUUACAAUUUCUCUAAAUCAAGGAUACAUGAUUUGCUAUUUUAUACACUUACAAACAUAAAGGAAGCAUUGCUGUGUUUGCAUGAAUGAGCUUUUAUAUAAAAAAACAA